GCGCGCGAGGCGGCUUUGUGGACGGGCUGGGUGCACCGCGGAGGGGCGACCUGCGCGCCACCAGCGACUGCCUCUUCCUCGUGCUCGGGGCCGCAGGCUUCGCGAAGGUGAUCUCGGGGCACCGCUCCGCCCACGCAUUCGCGGCGCAGUACGCCAGGAAGUUCGGCAGGGCCUCAACCGGGGCGCCCAGAACGACGUGGUGGACGCCGGCCCCGUGGACUUCUAGGGAAAGGGCCCUCUUUGCCCCUGGUGUACUGCGGUGCCCCCAGCCGCGGCGUGGAUCCUCCAGAGCCUCUGAGGUGGCGCGCCGCGCGCUAGACAGGUGUACGGUCGCCCCCCGAGCGCAGCACCUGGCGGGAGCCACACUGCGCCGUUGCCCCGCUCCCGGAGUCCGUGGGGCGGCCCGGCGCCCGCGCGGUGGCCUCCGCGGCCCGCGGCUUGCCGGGACUGGGCGGCGCGCGGCGGCGCGAUCGCGGUGCGGCGGGGUGCGGCGCAG